AUGGGUGUUCCAGCAUUUUUCCGCUGGCUUUCAGGAAAAUACGCAAAAAUCAUCUCUCCUGUCAUUGAGGAUGACACAGCCUACCUGGACCCAAACCCAAACGGUGAAUUGGACAAUUUGUACUUGGACAUGAACGGUAUUGUUCAUCCUUGUACACAUCCAGUCGAUGGAAAAGCGCCAGAAACAGAAGAAGACAUGUUUUUGGAGGUGUUUAAGUACACAGACCGUGUGUUGAUGAUGGCCAGACCCCGUAAGGUCUUGGUUAUUGCGGUGGAUGGUGUGGCUCCCCGUGCAAAGAUGAACCAGCAGCGUAGUAGAAGAUUCCGCGCCGCCAAGACGGCGGAAUUUGAGCUGGAGCAGCGGUUGACCCAGUUGCUGGAGCAGGAAUUCAGAGGAGAGCUCAUCGAUGAGCUGUUGAAGAACAAGAAGCCAUGGGACUCCAACGUCAUUACGCCCGGAACUCCAUUCAUGGAUGGCUUGGCUGCGGCGCUUCGGUACUGGGUUGCCUUCAAAUUGGCGCUGGACCCUGGAUGGAAAGAUCUCCAGGUGGUCAUCAGCGAUGCCACUGUCCCUGGAGAAGGUGAGCAUAAAUUGAUGAGUUUCAUUCGGUCGCAGAGGCUGGACCCUACUUAUGACCCGAACACCAAGCAUUGUAUCUAUGGUUUGGAUGCCGAUCUUAUUUUCUUGGGGCUCGCUACUCACGAGCCCCAUUUCCGUGUCCUCCGUGAGGAUGUGUUCUUCCAGGGUGUGCAAGAAACACCCCAGCAAGCGUUUGCACGUCGUAAUGGAUCGGGGCAAAACAACGAGCCUGUUGCACAAAAGAAGCCUUUCUUGUGGCUUCAUCUCAACGUUUUGAGAGAGUAUUUGUCUUGGGAGUUGUACCUAGAAAAACCCUUUUGGAACCUAGAGCGCGCUAUUGAUGACUGGGUCUUCAUAUGUUUCUUUGUUGGAAAUGAUUUUUUGCCCCACACACCUACUCUUAGCAUUAAAGACAGUGGUAUUGAAACUCUUCUUGGUUGCUGGAAAAAGGUCAUGAGUAAUAGACAAGAUUUCAUUACUUGCGAUGGUAGAAUCAACUUUGAUGGUGUCGAGAAAUUGCUUGAAAAUUUGAGUCAGAGUGAAGCUUAUCUUUUGAAACGUAAUUACCAGAACCAGCAACGCUUUGCUCAGAGAAGAAACAAUAGGGAUAAAUCUGCCAAAGUUGAAAAUAGAGUGGUCCAGAAUCAUUACGCCGCAAAUCUUUCCAAAGGAGCGGAAAAGGCUCCACUCACCCCCGAUAAGAACAUGACUUUAAUGGACACAUCUGGGAAAAUGGUAGAGGGUUAUGCCCAAUUCUCGAACUCAGACAUUGUGCAAAAUCAAGAUACGAUAAAUAAAGCAAACAUGGCAAAUGCAGAUGCCGCUGCCGCAUUGAAGAAGCUUAUCGCCGAGAAGUCUGGAACCGUAUCCGAAUCGACCAAUGGUGCUGAUUCUCGGGAAGAGUCGGUGAGUGGAACUCCAGAGGUCACAGACGUUGCCCCAAUUGACCCAAUUGAAGCAGACGAUACUGACGAGACUGUCCGUCUCCAUGAAGCUGGUUAUAGGGAGAGAUACUACAAGGUGAAAUUCCAUUGUGAAACCGACGAGGACGUAGAUGAAACAAGAAAGAACGUCAUUCAUGCCUACCUUGAAGGUAUCUCAUGGGUCUUAUUGUACUACUUCCAAGGUUGUCCCUCUUGGGAGUGGUUCUAUCCAUACUAUUACGCCCCAUUUGCUGGUGAUUUCUUCGAUAUGCGAAAGGUCUUGGAAGAGAGGCCGAUCAAACUCGAAAUGGGACAGCCUUUCAAGCCUUUUGAGCAGCUUAUGGCGGUUUUGCCAGCUGCGUCAGGUCAUGCAUUGCCUAAACCUUUGCGCGACUUGAUGUCGGAGCCUGACAGUGAUAUCAUUGACUUUUACCCUACUGAUUUCAAAGUUGAUAUGAAUGGUGCAAAGGUUGAGUGGUUGGGAGUUGCGUUGUUACCGUGGAUUGAACAGGAUCGCUUGCUAACAGCUGUUCGGUCAAGAUACCAUCUCUUAGAUGAGAAGGACCACGAGCGUAACACGAAUAAAACCGCUCAACUCUACAUCUCGAGCGAGAACUCAAAUUACAAAAAAUUUGCUUCUUCAAUUCAAACGGACGAGCAGGUCAUCAUCCCAGCUUUCAAAACUGGCCUCAGUGGUCUAGUCAGACCAGUGGACACCUUCUCUCCGAGCGGAUACCUCAAAUUCCCCUUCGCCAAAGAUGACUGGCCAGAUAUCAACAACUCCGCAUUUUUGCCUACAUGGUAUGACUUCCCAGAGUCCAUGCCCGGAAAGUCAAUGCUUCUUGGUGGCUACAUUCCUCACCAAAACGUGGUGACAGAGGAUGACAUUGAGGCGAUGGUGAACUUUGACAUGCGGGGCCGUAGAAAAGCUGACUUUUCGAACACCUCGGUGUAUAUAAACACGGGUGCAAAGGGCACGAAGGCAUACAUGACCUACCUGAUGCGCAACGGUGGCUACAGAUGCUUGUUGAGCGGAGGUGCUGCCAAGCAGCCAAACCGUUCCGGAUACAUCCAGCGUUUCCGCAACGACUCCAAUAAUUUUGUCCAGAAUAAGAGAGGAAGAUACAACAAUCAGUAUCAGAACAAUAACUCUGGUCAACACUACAACCAGGGAUACAACAACGGAAAUCGGGGGUACAACCAAAACCAAAACCAAUACCAACACCAAAAUCAAAACCAAUACCAAAAUCAAAAUCAAUAUCAAAACCAAGGCCAAAACUACAAUAAUGGUUACAAUCACAACCAGGGCGGAUACAAUUCCGGUUACAAUGGUGGACACAACCAAGGAUAUAAUGGCGGACACAACCAGGGAUACAACCAGGGAUACAACCACGGAAAAAACCAGGGCCACAACAGAUACAACAACAGAGAUAGCCAGGGCUACAGACAAAAUAACAACUACCAAGGUGGAUCUUAUCGUCGCUAA